AUAAGAAAUUCCCAAAUGACACCGGGUUUGCUCGGUAAACUUCGCCAUAAUAAGAUAUUGAAGCUAACCCAAUGCCCAUCGUUGGGACCCGCCAGGAAACUUCCGGUGCGGCGCGGUCCACCGAAACAAGGAUGAGGGCGACGGCGAGACCUGCCAUUUCUGCCGUAAAAGCUGCAGACCUGAGCUUCGUCCGUUUUCAUCCGUCUCCCACUUCGUCUCCGUUGGCUUCAAUCUGAAUCCGAAUUGGCCAAUUUCUCCCAAAUCGCCUCUCUCCAAUCGCCCGCUCUGCCCAAAAUCGACCCCUCUUGGUCAUCCCCAAUUGCCCCUUCUAGGGUUUAAGCGGAACCCUCCAUCUCCAUUGCGUGACAAACCUAAUUGUACCCCAGCUGGAGGAGAUGGGCCUGACCGUUGCUAGAUGGGUUUGAGAUUCCGCAGUCUUGCGAGUUCUAGGGGUUGUCAAUUCAAUGGGUGCUCUCACUAGCAGUCGCAAGCGGAACGAUGAGUUUCUGAACCCGGGCAGCAGGCAGCCGCACAUAAACACGCCCGAGUUUCAAUCUUCCAAGAGGGUCAAGCUCUCGUUAAGUACGCCGGACCGGAGCGUUUCUUCCAGGAGCACGGUAUCCAGGGUCUCCCGGUACCCCGACGCGGCCCCGAGGCUGCGCAGGGAAGUUCACGCUCCCGUCAGGCCUCAGAAGUUCGGAUCUUUCACUGCUUUGAGUCAGUUUGGGGCUUCAACUGGCACAGCUAGGGGUACUGCUGGAGAAGGGUACAGAGGCUUCACAAUGGGGAACGUAUUGAGUGACAAUUAUGAGAAGGUAAAGAAAAGCGCCUUGGAGAGUUUGAGGUACUUUAAUGGGACGGAAGUGAUUGAAUUGGCAGAUGAGGAACCGCGGAAGGAGGUGGCUGUUUCAGAGGACUCGAGCGUGGAGACGAUUGGAGCCGAUAAUUGGUUAAAAGGCACAAAGAAGGUUGCGACUAACUUGCAGGAUUCUGUCAUUUCGGAGCUGAGUGAUGGGAAUGUGGUUGGGGUGGAGAAGGCGGAGGAGAUGUUGGUGUCAACCUCAUUAGAUAGGGAUGAUAACGAAUUCGAGGUGUUAAGUAAGUCUGCCUACCAGAAGCUGCUUGAAGAGGUCCGGAGGCGCCAUGAUCCAAAAAUCAAGGACUUAGAAUUUGAGAUUCAGUUUCAGUCGGAAAGAUUGUCAUUCAUUCAGCUGCAGCGGCCUCCCAAAGAACCAGAGGAGGAGGUGCCUCGUGAACCAUUUGUUCCUCUGACAGAUGAGGAAGAGGCCAAGGUUCGGCAGGCGCUAUCGUGCAACCGGAGGAACGUACUGGUAACACAUCAGAAUUCUGGUAUCGAGAUUACCGGAGAGGUUCUUCAGUGCCUUAGACCAAGAGCCUGGUUAAAUGAUGAGGUUAUAAAUUUGUAUCUGGAGCUAUUGAAGGAAAGGGAGAGGAGAGAGCCAAAGAAGUUUCUAAAAUGUCAUUUUUUCAAUACAUUUUUCUACAAAAAGUUGGCAUGUGGUAAGGAUGGCUACGAUUAUAAAUCUGUCAGAAGAUGGACUACCCAGAGGAAGUUGGGAUAUAGCCUUAUCGACUGUGACAAAAUAUUUGUGCCGAUCCACCAGGAGGUACAUUGGUGCCUUGCCAUCAUAAAUAAGAAAGAACAGAAAUUCCAGUAUCUAGAUUCACUCGGAGGAAGGGAUUCCAGAGUGCUGGGAGUACUGGCUCGAUACAUUGUGGAUGAAGUAAAGGACAAGAAUGGCAAAAACGUUGACGUCCAAUCAUGGAAGCUAGAAUAUGUUGAUGACCUUCCUGAGCAAGAAAAUUCGUAUGAUUGCGGUAUGUUCAUGAUAAAAUAUGCCGACUUUUACAGCAGAGGUCUGAGGCUCUGUUUCAGUCAGGAGCACAUGCCCUAUUUCCGGCAAAGAACAGCCAAGGAGAUUUUGAAUCUGAGAGCUGACUAAAGUCUUGAACCUUGGGUGAGCGAACUCAGAGCAAUAGAAGAAUGUGAUAUCGAGUUUGCUACAUUUCAGACGGGAACACCGGCUUUUGAGUAUGGAGUAAUAACCCAGACUGAGGUUUACUAAAUUUUUUUUUCUCUGAUUUCUCUAGUAUUACCCAUAUUUGCCGAAGCAAAUCCUGAAGCUCGGCGUUUAUGCUAGAGAGGAUUUAGUUUGUGUACAUAAAGAAAGUGCAGAUUCUGUGUAGGGGAUGCAAGACUCCAUCAUAGGAGAGAUGAUUUUGGUAGCUUUAUAUUCGUCAGUCGUGUCGAUCUUUGGUGCCUUGAUAUUUUUCUUCUCUUUUUUCUUGCCGCCCCCCCCCCCCCCCAACAGCACCCCGUAAUCAAGUACUAUAGUCGUAUUACUUUGCGGUGUAUUAAAGACCUGCAAAUAUAUGUUGGAUUGUUGUUCUGGAUUAAAUGUACAAAUUGCCUGUCUCUUGAGCAAA